GUCGGACAAACAACAACAACAACAACACGACGCACCAUUGACCUGGUCAUCGCCUUCUCUCUCUUUGGCAUCACACCAUUCGACUCAUCUCUUUCAGCUACCGCCCCACAAAUUCUAAUCGAUUGUGUCGUCACCAGCGGUCGUGUGCGAACAAGUGCCACGUCGUCCUCCUACAUCAGCAUCAGACGUGACGUGACAGUAACAGUAACAUUCGAGAUCAUCGGAAAGCCUCGGCUCUACGUCCAGACUAGAAGAAUCAAAGAGAGCCGAACAGACGUCCUACAAAGAGCGACCUUCAAUCAGCGUUAGAGCCUGCGAUGGCGUCAAGCAGCGCGUUCGAUGAGGAGGAGCAUGCGGAGCGCAUCGCUGAGAAUUUGGCCAUCUUGGACUCUUCAGCCAACGACGUGGACAAGCGAGCGACGGCACUAUCUCUGCUCAUCACGCGCCUUUUGACCGCCCCCGCUCCCGAUCCUCUUGCCCUGAUUGAGCCCUUGCAAAAGGCGCUCAGGCACAGUCAUCCCGGCCUGUUCGUUCCCGCGCUCGCUUCAAUAUCAGGUCUCAUCCAGUCCAUUAAGGAAGCCUCGAACGCGACUUCGUUGUUGUGUCGAGUCGCAGACAAGUGGUUGACUGCUGUACUGGAGAGGAUAGGCGAUGGCAAGGAGAGGGUCAAAUCUGUCGCAAGGGAUGCACUAGAUGCCAUUGCAGAGGCUACGCUUGCAUCGACGCAGCUCGGCGGCUCUAGCAGCAAAGAGACACCUGGUGCGGCGUUCAUGAGAGUUUUGAAAGACAAUGGACUGGCUGCCAAAAGUCCGAGGGUCAGAGAAGGUACAACGGCUCACUUGCCGAUCCUCAGGCACCAAGUGAAGAAUGCUCUGCAGCUCAAGCCGAUCCUUCCUAACCUCGUCGACCUUCUGUCCGACGCCGAUGGCCCCACUAGAGAAGCAGCUAGGCAAUCCGUCGUCGCCCUCUUCGCGCCGGCACCUGCAGCGGCCAAGACUGAUCUGAAAAAGGAGCUGGAGAGGAAGCAAGUGAGGAAGCAGACGGCAGAUCCGCUCCUUGCUUCCGUUUUUGCGGAAGUCGUUGAGCCUCCCGCUGAUCUCGCCGGCGCUGAUGGGGACGCUGAGCUUCAGGCUGGUAGCGCUGCACGUUCAGGCCCCUCGCGUGCCGCACCAACAGGACCACAGGCAAUGGCACGUGGUGAGCCAACCCCGUCUGCUCAGGACGAUGUGCCAAUGGUGUACGUUGCGUCGAGGGCAGACAUUGAGCGCACGUUUGCGCCUAUGCAGGCCAUCUUUGAGGGCAAGGAGACGGAACACAAUUGGGCGGCCAGGGAAGCGUCGAUGAUGAAGAUCAGAGGCAUCUUGCGCACGGGAACCGCGGAGAAAUUAGGGCAGUCUUUGGCGAAGGAGAUUCGAGGGCUAGGAGCGGGCAUUUGCAAAGGUACGGCCAGCCUGCGCACCACUCUGGCUAUGCACAGCAUCAGUCUUGUCGGAGAAGCUGUUGUUGCGCUCGGAGAUGAGUUGCACGAGUCCGUAGUCGAUCUUUUCUUCACCAGUCUCUUUGGCAUGGCAGGCUUCACCAAGAAGCUGGUUGCCAAUGCUGCGCAGAGCGCAGUCGCUCUCAUCUUGCAGAACGUCUCUUACCGAGCCACAUUCUUAGAAGCGCUUUGGGGCGGCCUGCAAGAGAAAAACGUGGCUAUAAGAAGUUUUGCUUGCGCGCAUCUAUGCAUUGUUCUCGAGAGGAAUGCGUUAACUCGCAAACAUCAGCUCGAAGCGCACAGCGGACUUGAGACGUUUCAGAACUUUUUCAAGAAGGCUCUGCCCGAUCCGAAUCCGGAUGUGCGCUCGAAAGCGAGGGAGGGGUUUGGGCGGUUUCAAGCUGUGUGGCCGGUUGAGGCUGAACGUCUUUUGGAAUCGCUGGAUCCAACGACUAGGAAGCAGAUUGCUACUGCUGCUGCAACCUCGCAAUCUGUUGCUGCAAAUGCGACGACCGCUAAGGCACGUACAGUCUCGGCUGCACCGCCUCGCAGGCCAGGCGGGCCCUCGAGCGCUCUGCUGGCUGCCAAAAGAGCUGCAUCCGAACGAAUGGCUCAGCAGAGGAAAGAGCAAGCCGAGGCGCAGGAUGCGGAAGAGGCGGAUGGAGAUUUAGACGCGCAUACCCCGCCAACUGAGCGGGCGGGAGCGCAAGCAAGCAAUUUGACCAAGCCCGCUGCACCCGGCAACGGACAUUCCAUUCCUAGCUCCGCGAGCUCGGGUAGCGCUUCGCGCUCCGUGAAGGACAGGAUUGCUGCCUAUCAAACAUCAGCUUUAGCGCCUUCAAGGGCAAGCAAAUCACCAGAGUCAACCACAGCUCGCCCUGUUGCUAGACCUGUGCGAGCUCAAAGAGCGCCUGCGGCAACGCCGGACCACGAUGAGACUGUGCAAUUGGCAGAUCUGGGUGUUGCGGACGCGUCCGUCGACCUCAUGGGAAGUGCUUCGCCUACUCCUCAGCGACCCACGAGACGGAGUUUGCUGCCCGCGCAGCGGAGUCAUGCGCAAGCGCCUCCGGAAUCGCCUGCCAAAAGCAGCGCGACGUCGAAUGAAGAUACCAAGAAAGAGCGACUGAACGGCUUGAGCGGCGACAGCGCGGCUGCUGAAGUGGCAUUAGGUUCGCCGCGAGCCAAGGCAUCUUCCUCAGGCACCUCCAUUUCAAUCCUGAGCAACAGGCCCGGCGUGCAAGAGUGGGUUACGAAUCUCCAUGCUGGAAAUGCGGACCUCGACACGUUCAAAAGGCUUGGGGCGCUUUCGAGAGAAUACAAGUUGCCUUUGCCGGUCAGCGCGACACCACUCGACAUUGACGCUGCGACAAGAGGCGAAGCCCCUUUGCAAAGCGGAGGCGGUGCUCUUGGACUUCAACCUGAUGCUGAGCAAGACUCUGAGAGAGUCGUUGCGGCGUGGAGGGAAGCGCAGAUAUUCGAGCGUCUGUGGGAAGCUAUCAUGCGGUAUCUGAAUUUGCCCAGUGCUGAUGUCAACCUCACCGGUGCCGCACUGGUCGUCUUGAGACGGAUUCUGGAGAACCAGCUGCCCCUCAUUUCUUCGACUGACAAGGAGACGCAAUUUUUGAGCCUCGUCUUUCGUCGGAGACUUGAGAAAGAAAAUGUCUCGAGGAACGCUUGCGAGUCCCUGAUUGAUGCUUGGAGCAGCGGAAUUGAGCCGAUUCUAGGGCUGGGCACGCUGAUGUCCGCGUUGGAGCCAGCGCUGCGCGAGAGCGAAGCGUCGAGAUCAGGACGGGAAAGAGUGCGCAAGCUGGGUCUGUAUGCGUUGCGCAAGCUGCUGGCUCGACUGCCUGCCGAGCUGGUGGAGGAGGAAUUGCCGAGGUUCAAAGCUUUUGUCAAAGACGCUUUUGCCGAUCCCAACACGGACCUCAGGAUCGCUGCUACGGACGUGAUUAAAACGGCGAAUAGCAGGCUCAAGGAUCUUGACAUUCUCUUUUCGAUUCUCGCGCCUCUUGAACCCCAUCACAAGGAUCUGCUGAGCUACUAUAUCAGCAAGAACGCUUGAGCGCUCCGAUGCGCGAGCGAUGCGCCUGCCUGGUGUACGACCAUCGACUUUGAAGUGAUCAGACUUGUCACCCGAUAUGUAUUUGCACCCUCCGAGUGUCUUCAAUCGUGAUGCGCUUGCACAGUC